UAAUUGCAAUGUUUCAUCACCUGCGAAGUUUUCAGAACAUAUAAAUAUUCAAUCAAGGACAAGAUGGGUCAUUCUUUUAACAAGAACCAAACAAAAUGGUUUCAAAGACUCUUUUCGUUGCCUUCGCUGCCGUCCUCUUGGUCCAGGCUGCCUACGGCUCGUGCGGGUGCGGCGUCAACAACUACGCCCCGCUGGUGUCAGCAGGCUGCGGCAACAACCUCGCCUUGUCCAACGGCCUCCUGGGAUCCAACCUCAUCGGCCUGAACAAUGGAUACGGCUCUUCAGUUCUGUCCAGCGGCCUCGCAUACCCUGAGAGCAUUCUGAGCAUCGCCAGUGGCUCCUACACCACCCCGAACGGCAUCUCAGUUGUAGCUGAGAAUCUGGAGAUCGGUGGAACGGUGGCAGUGUCUGGGGCUAUGCCCUUCGUCGGAGCAGUAUCUAUGGGCGGCGUGGCUCCCACCUCUGGUCAAGCGCAAGUCGCCUACAGCUCUGUGCCUGGUGUGGCUCUCACCGACGCUGGCUGCGGUCAGGGUAUCUCUGGAGGUGUCAUUGGCUCCUACAUUGGCUACAACGGACUCAUCGGAAACGGCAUUGGUAACAACUACCUGAGCAACGGUCUGAUUGGAAACAACUACCUGGGUAACAACCUGGUUGGUAACAGACUGCUCGGUAACAACAUUGGCUGUGGAUGUGGAUGUCAGUAA